AUGCCUUUGAGAGAAACAGUCCCGAUCACAGGUGGAGUAGGAGAAGGCUCCUCUGAGAUCAACCCUCACGAUCAACCAACAACAACAGCAACUCCACUCACAUCAUUACCUUAUCACCACAAUGGUAAUGAUCGAAAUAAUGAUCGUACUGAUAACAUCAACACCGAAAGAUCUUCAUUUCCUCCACCUUUCAGUCAUGAUAAUGCUGACCAAAAUAAUAAUGAUAGAAAUAAUGAUAACAAUAAUAUUAAUACCGUUAUUAGCGAUGAUAAUACAACAACCACUACUGCUUCUACUAGGAAUAAUACAAACCAACAGCAUAUGAUUAGUUCCUCCAUCCCAACCGGUCCUACCACUCCAACUCCUCCUCCGAAUUCAUCAACAAUUUUCAAUAAUGAGUUUUUCCAAAAUCAAGAGGUGAGACGACAUGCGCAAGCAAUUGCACUCAAUAUUAUCAGAUUUGUUUUUAGAGCAUCACCGUUUGUUACAAGAUAUUUGGAGGAGCUUUGCUAUUUUAUCGGAAUGCUUUUAUUCGUGUCUCUUGUAUUGCUCCACUCUUCUUUUUACAUAUCACCGAAUAAUUUAGCUAAUCCAUCACAACAAUCAUUACUAAUGUCAACAUUGACCAAAUCAGAAAUUGUAACAAAUCAUGUACAACAAAUCAAAUUGAUGAGAAUUUUUUCGUCUCAAGAGGCUCAAAAUUUGACCAAACAUUUCCCACCCUUAUUACGUACAGCACUUUUUGGAAUUGAUUUUCAUGGAUUUAAUUUAAGUACCAAUAGCAUCUAUGAUGAUCACAAUAGCAGUAAUUUCUUCAAAAGUGAGCAUGCUCAACUAUUGACCAAUGUAUCGUUGGAGAAAUCUACUGCCUCUCAAAUUCAAGUUACUAACAUGUUAGAGGACAAUACUAGUGUCCGAAAUAUCAUUGUCACUCAGAAUGGAAAAGUUGCUGAUGAAAAUUUCACACUCUCACCGACAUCAUCUUUGCAAGCCGACUCUGUUCAACCACCACAUGAUAUCCAAGUUUCAACACAUCAGGAUUUAGAACAGGGUAAAGAGAGUUCUGUCCUUCGCCACACAUCAUCGAAGGACUUAGAGAUCUCAGAGAAAACCGCUGUGCCACCUUCUGAAACGCAGCACGAAUCAAAAGAGGAUACCAAUUAUUUUGAACGUACUCAAAAAAUCCUCAACCUACUUGGUAAUGCUCUACUCGAUAUAUUUAUUCGUCCAUUUUCUGUGAAACCUCGUGUUACUUGCUUAGAAAACCGAAUUAUGGAAAAGUAUCGAGGUGAGCUCAUUAAAAGGUACGAAAACAGAACCGACACUCUCACUGCCGCCUCAGUGCAUUCAUUUCUUUUAAGAUUGUAUAUUGAGGGUCCAAUAGACAAGAUGAUGAGAGAAUGGGAAAGAGAAUUGUCUUUAAAAAAGACCAAAUCUCAACCUUUCAAGAGUGAUACUCCAACGAGCCAGCUAGACGACACAAAUUCACAAUCACUUCUGAAUGCUCAACAAGAAUCUUCUUCAUCCGAAUUGCAAAGCCAAUCUCAUUCAGAAAACGCCAAGAAAGACACCUCUCAACAAACCUCUCUUAAGGAAAAAGGUAGCACCACUAAUGAUGUCAGUGUUGACACUCCUUCAUCGGGAGAGACAGAGGAGGAAAACAAUUCAGAUGAGUGGUCACUCUCUCUCGAUCAUGCAACAGACGCUAUCAAAUCUUGGAUACUCUUCAAGUAUCAACAUUCCCCUCUCUUUACCGAUAUUUUUAACGAUACAAGAUUAUUCGUCUACACAACUGAGAAGGGCUUAUUCUAUAUUUCAAGAGAGACAAAACAAACUUUAUCUAUUCCUUCCUAUACUAUCAGUAUUGAUUGGAACGAUUCUUGCUUUGAUAUUUUGGGAGGAUCAUUUCCCUAUCUUCUCUCCUUCUUAAUUGGUUAUGACACCACUAUUCUAAACACAUUUGUUCAGUAUAAUUAUGACUUCAAUCAUAACUAUACGAUCAAUAGUGGAGUCUUGUAUUCUAGACAAUAUGAUGAGAUUUACUAUUUGAAAUAUGGACAAGUAGAAAUGGAUGCCAUUUCGAGAGGUAUUUCAAAAAUAGCUCCAUUGAUUGUCUACCUGAUGGUAUUUGUUCUAAUUUACUAUUUGGUGAGAACGACCCAAAUGAAUAUAUUGAACAUGAUCGUGGAAUUACAGCUAAAUGUCUUCUUUGUGCAACGUAUGGCACGCUCAUUCAUGGUUCACUUGUUCCAAAAUUUAAUGUUUGUGCCAGUGUUGCUAGGAGUUAUCCACUUUAUCGAUAAUUUCUUUUCUGGAGAUCAGAAAGCAAGUUUAUUAGUAUUUUGUCUCAUUUGGAUUUCUCAAAUAUUCAUGAAUAAUGUUUGCAACUCAAGAUUUAGCAAGGCUGUCUUUCCAUGGGUUCUUCACUUUUAUUGCUCCACGUAUUUUAUCUAUUACUUUAGCCAUCCCCACGGCUAUUCUUACCUUGCAUUUUCAACUCUUUUCUCAGUUAUUGUACAAAAGAUGCUUUAUCUGUGGAACACCUGCGAGUAUAAUUACAUUGUAAACCACCAUCCAAUACUGAGAGACAUCUUGGGCACUGGUGGUGGUAACGCCAAUAAUGACGAUUUUGAUAUUUUCGAUAGAAUUAAUGCAAUGGUACAUCAACGAAAUGGAAUCCCGUCGGCUCCAAGAAUUCAAAAUGUUCAACAAUUCGUAUUUAAUUUGAGUGACAUGAAUAAUGGACAUGCUAUUGAGCAACAAAUUGGACGUUUCAACAUUUCCAUCUCUCUCGCUCAAAACAACAACACUGCCAGUAGUCAUCACGCUCCCUCAAAUACCACUCCUACACAUUAA